GCCGGGGAUCCGUCCGAGAGCCACCGACUGAGCGUCCACGCCCGCGGCCCGUCCCCGGCCCGGGCCCCCAGGCCCGCCCGCGAUCCCGAUGAAAAAUCGGGUCCGCGCGCCCAUGGCGGUGGCGAUGCCGUGCAAGAGCGCCGAGUGGCUGCAGGAGGAGCUCGAGUCGGGCGGCGGCGCUUCGCUGCUGCUGCUGGACUGCCGGCCGCACGAGCUCUUCGAGUCGUCCCACAUCGAGACGGCCAUCAACCUGGCCAUCCCCGGCCUCAUGCUGCGCCGCCUCAAGAAGGGCAACCUGCCCAUCCGCUCCAUCAUCCCCAACCACGAGGACAAGGAGCGCUUCGCCAAGCGCUGCAAGGCGGCCACCGUGCUGCUCUACGACGAGGCCACGGCCGACUGGCAGGCGGAGCCCGGUGCGCCCAGCUCGGUGCUCGGCCUCCUGCUGCAGAAGCUGCGCGACGACGGCUGCCAGGCCUAUUACCUCAAAGGUGGCUUCAACAAGUUUCAAACUGAGUACUCGGAGCACUGUGAGACCAGCCUGGAUACGUCCUCUCCCAGCAACUCUCCCCCGGCCUCGGUCCUGGGCCUGGGCGGCCUUCGAAUCAGCUCUGACUGCUCGGACGGAGAGUCCGACCGAGAGCCCGGCAGUGCCACCGAGUCCGACGGCAGCCCCCUCCCCUCUAACCAGCCAGCCUUCCCCGUCCAGAUCCUGCCCUACUUGUAUUUGGGCUGUGCCAAGGACUCCACCAACCUGGAUGUCCUGGGGAAGUACGGUAUCAAGUACAUCCUGAAUGUGACGCCCAACUUGCCCAACAUGUUUGAACACGGAGGGGAGUUCAAGUACAAACAGAUCCCCAUCUCCGAUCACUGGAGUCAGAAUCUCUCCCAGUUCUUCCCUGAAGCCAUCACAUUCAUCGAUGAGGCUCGCUCCAACAAGUGCGGGAUCCUGGUGCACUGUCUGGCGGGCAUCAGCCGUUCCGUCACCGUCACCGUGGCUUACCUGAUGCAGAAACUGAACCUGUCUCUGAAUGAUGCCUAUGACUUUGUAAAGAGGAAAAAGUCCAACAUCUCUCCAAACUUCAAUUUCAUGGGGCAGCUGCUGGACUUUGAGAGGACCCUGGGCCUGAGCAGCCCCUGUGACAAUCGAGUCCCUAGCGAGCAGUUGUACUUUACAACACCCACCAAUCACAACCUUUUCCAGCUCAACACCCUCGAGUCGACAUGAGGCCGGGGGCCCCCAUGGGUGGGGGGCGUGCAUUUGGAUUCUUUCAAAGGAACUGGAGCUUCAAGCAUUUCACAAAACAAAACACACCACGUAACGUGGGCCGCCGGUGAAAAUCGCCUGUGGGCCCCUUCCUCUACGGGCCACAACCUUAAGAGGACUUGCUUCCCCUAAGCCACGGAAGGUCCGUUUGCUGCUUUUCAAGAUGGAAGAGAAAAUAUUCUGAGUCAGGGGCUACUUUGAGCAUCCUGCUGUCCGGUGGUGAUGUCAGAGGGCAGGCGCCACAGGUGCCAUCUGCCCCCUCUUCCCUUGUCGGCAGCCUCUGCAGUGGGGAAGUCUGGACACAGACUUAUCAGCAGGCAAGCUGGGAAGUGCCAGCACCCUUGGGAACCUUCCUGAAGAGCCCCAAGAUUGUGGUGGCAUUUGUUUCUUUAUCUUUUUUUUUUAAAGAUAUAAGCUUGAGUUUACUGUUUUGUCGGGGGAGGGGGGAGG